AUGUCUUCUGUUAAUGUCCCACACUGCACUCCGUUCCAAGGAGAGGAAUGGGCUGCCUACGGGCAGACUGUGGAGCAACAAAUUGCCGGGGAAGGACGACGACUCCAGCCGACGCUCCAGUACAGCCUGGAGAAGCUGGACAUGGUGCAGAAGUACAAGGUGCAGUUGAAAGUGGAACAGGUCGGCGAAUACAAGUAAGUUCAUUUUGAAUUCAAUGAAAGAGUCUGUAACUACUAAAUUACAGGUACAAGUUCAACGAGAUGGUCAAGGAUUGGGUGGAGCACUGCCACUUGGCGCAGUCUGAUCUGCAGGCCGCGCAGAUCGUCGAGCAUCCGGACGGCUGGAAGACGGGAAUGGAGUGGCUGGGGGAGACUUGCGACUUCUCCGCGCUCUUCAUCACUAACAAGCCCAACUGCACCAAGAAGUUGCACGUGUUUGUGAACGCGCUCCGUAAGUACAUUGUGUCCGUUGUGAUCAUUUCUGAAAAUGGGACGUCGUAUACCUUCCAGUUUGAGAGUCAAACAUUCGUGGUCGUCUCCAACUAUGUAAGUGUUUGAGUUUGCCUUCCACCAAAUCAUUCAUUCCAUUUCCAGAGCCAGCAAUUCAAGGCGAAGAAGGCAGAGUUGAAAGCGGCUAAGAGUGCGGAGAAUCCGAGCAGAGCACAGAAGAGACCGUCGGAGAGAACUGCGGAGCCGAAGACAAAGCAAAGAAAGGUAUGUGCUGUUGAAAGUGAGCAGGUUCAGGUGCAACAAGAGCAGCAGGCUCCGUCGGAGGUGAGUUCUAAUGCUCCGUUUCAGAUGAACCCAUUCGAACAGAAUGAUCCGGAAGGAGACAACGUUGAAUGGGUGCAGAUUGAGGAGGAUGAGGUCGUGCCGGAGGAUCAGGAAGAAGACAACGUUGAAUGGGUGCAGAUUGAGGAGGAUCAGGUGGUGCCGGAGGAUCAGGAAGAAGACAACGUUGUCUGGGUGCAGGUGGACAAGGAUGAAGUGGUGCCCGAGGAUCAAGAAGGAGACAACGGUAUCUGGGUGCAGGUGGACGAGGAUGGAGUGGUGCCCGAGGAUCAGGAAGGAGACAACGUUACCUGGGUGCAGGUAGACGAGGAUGGAGUGGUGCCCGAGGAUCAGGUGUUCUAUGACUACCUCCCAGUGGAGCAGCAGGAGGUGGGUGAUAAUGUUCCAUUGCAGCAGUACCCAUCCGAGAACAAUGAUUCUCAUGGGCAACAAGUACUCAUUCAAGAGCAGAUCGAAGAUGAGCAACUUAUGCGGGAAUUCUUUUACAGCCCAGAGCAACAGCAAUGGAACAACCAAGUGGAGAACGUGGAGAACGUGGUUCCACACCAGGUAAGCACUCAGGUCCCAUUGCAGAACUAUGAAUCCACGGGCAAUGCUGCUCAUAACCAGCAAGGAGCACGUGUUCAAGGACAGCAUGUGCCCAGGUAUGAGCAAGUUCGCAAUGCCGAGCAGUAUCCGCUUCAGCAGCAGCAGCCGCCGCAUCAAUCGAUCACUCAUCCUCAAGGAGCGAAUGUGAUGCCGUCCCAGGUGAGUGCAAAUGCACCAUUUCAGAACAACUGGCACGUGGAACACCAGUACCAACAACACCAUAAUGGCUUCCAAGGACAGAACGGAAACGUCGAGAAUCAGCGGAUGCCGACUUCUCCAGGGACGAAUGGCCAAUGGAAUCCGGAACCGAGGCAGCCACAUUAUUAA